AUGCGAUUCACUUAUGUUAGGGUAGGGUGGGAGGGUAGCGCACAUGAUUCUAGGAUCUUAAAAGAUGUCUUACUUGAUCCUAAUUGUGCUUUUCCAUGGCCACCAGAAGGGAAGUAUUAUGCGGUGGAUGCGGCAUAUACGAACAUGUCAGGAUUUAUGGCUCCCUUUAGGGGUGCACGGGGAACCCAACAGGAGCGGGCAUCAAGAACACUUUUCAACAGACGCCAUGCAUCUUUACGGAACAUUAUAGAACACACGUUUGGUGUUCUUAAGAAGCGAUUUUCGAUACUUAAGGGCCCCAUGCAGAACUAUUUGAUGGCGACACAGAAUAAUAUUGUCCUGGCUUGCUGUGCAUUGCACAACUUUAUGCGCGAUAAUGUCCCGAAUGACGCAUAUUUUGUUGAAGAAGAGACUAUUGCAGCACAAGCAGAUAAUAUAAAUCAUGUGGUGGAUCAAAUGGCCGGCGCAGAACCACUGGAUAUGUCGCCUCAAGGAAUUGCUGGUUGGAAUGAAUUCAGGAGCGCCUUGGCAAACAGCAUGUACUAUCACCAACAUUAG